UCGCGUUUGGGGCCCCACAUCUAUAUUAUGUGGCUAACGCCGAAGAAAACACCUCGCGUCGGCUGCAGCACCACACCUUACAUCGGCACAGCGCACGAGCGUCAACCUGCCACCGCGCGGAGCGAUUCCACGGGCUCUGGCGCGCGAUGACAGUUUAGACUGAAGAGCUGCAGGUGUGACGUGUGAACAGACACCAUGGCCACACAGGAACCGUCCCCUCCCUCGUCCAUGGAGAGCAAUAAACCCGGCUUCCCCAAGAAGAUCCUGGGAAAUAAGCUGGAGGACAAGCACCUGUGCAACUGCUGCCACAAUAUACUCAGACGACCAUUUCAAGCCCAGUGUGGACAUCGCUUCUGUUCCUACUGCUUCAACAGGACAGUGAGUAAUGGACCCCAGAAAUGCAAUGCUUGCAUUAAAGAGGAUAUUUUUGAGGAGCCUACAUCGAUUUUGAAACAAGGAUGUGCUUUUCCUGACAACGCAGUUCGAAGGGAAGUCGAAAACCUAUCAGCUGUUUGUAUCAAUGAAAGUUGCACUUGGAAAGGCAGUAUUAAAGAGUACGAGCUGAACCACGAGGGGAAGUGUGAGUUCAUGAUCAUCCCGUGCCCCUCCUGUAAAGAACGAAUCCGCUUCAAUGAGCAGGAGCGCCAUAAUGAGCGAGAGUGCCCGGAGAGAACGCUCAACUGCAAGUACUGCAAGGAGCCAUUCCACUUCAAAAAUAUCAAGGCACAUGAUGAGAUCUGUCCCAAGUACCCGAUGAUCUGCGAAGGCUGUGCCAAGAAGAAAAUACCCAGAGAAAAGUAUGUGGACCAUAUUAAGUUCUGCAGCAAAUUCAGAACCCCGUGUCGAUUUCAUGUCGUGGGAUGUGAUAUGUCUGUGGAGAAGGAAAAGAUUCACGAACAUGAGCGCGCCUAUGCCUACGAGCACCUCAAUCUGUUGCUGCACUACAUUAUGGGCAUGAAAGUGAGCAUGGAGGGCCUGCAGCCCCAGGGACUGGAACUAGCCGGACACAAACUGGUGGAACUCCAACAGUCCCUCAGGGAGCUGGAGGCCAGAGUCUCCCAGCUCAGCACCACCUCCUCUGGGCCUCCCGUGCAGGGAGCCGCCGCCUCCUCCUCAUCCUCCAGCUCCGGUCCCCCCGGUCCACCCGCCUCAGCUCCUCUCCCUCCGCCUCCCACUCUGGCUCCCACUCUCUCCGUGUCUACCUCCUUCACACCUUUGCCAAGCUCGGUGGGAGCAGCGCUGGAGCUCCAGCUCCACAGCGAGAAGACCAAGGUGGCCGAGCUGGGCCGCAGGUGCACGGAACUCGAAGUCAAAUCCGGCACGUUUGAAAAUGUGGUGUGCGUCCUGAACAGAGAGGUGGAGAGGUUUGCCACCACCAUGGAGGCCAGCAACCGUCAGCAUAAACUGGACCAAGACAAGAUCGAGGCUCUGAGUAACAAGGUGCGACAGCUGGAGAGGACAGUGGGGCUGAAGGACCUGACCGUCGCUGAGAUGGAGGGCAGGCUGAGGGAAAUGUCUGCCACCACCUUCGACGGCGUCUUUAUCUGGAGGAUCUCUGAUUUUGCCAAAAAGAGACAGGACGCCAUCGCAGGUCGAGCCCCUGCCAUGUUCUCACCAGCCUUCUACACCAGUAAGUAUGGCUAUAAGAUGUGUCUGCGGAUCUACCUGAACGGAGAUGGGACGGGGCGUGGCAGCCACUUGUCCUUGUUCUUUGUGGUGAUGAGGGGACUGAGUGACGCCCUGCUCAAAUGGCCCUUCAACCAGAAGGUGACUCUGAUGCUGCUGGACCAGAGCAACAGGGAGCACAUCAUCGACGCCUUUCGACCUGAUGUCACUUCCUCCUCCUUCCAGAGACCUGUGAGCGAGAUGAACAUCGCCAGCGGCUGCCCGCUCUUCUGCCCGCUCUCCAAGCUUGACGGCAAGAACUCCUACAUCCGCGACGACACCAUCUUCAUCAAGGCAAUCGUGGACCUCACCGGCCUCUAGGCGGCCUCACAGCGUGGUACAGUUUGGCAACCAGGCAGCUCUUUGACCAUUACGGCUUCAACUUGGCUCAGUCGUGGUCCUUUUAGGGCUCAGGCAUCUUACUGUCCCCUGCAGCUUUAGGGAGGAAAAACAUGCUUGCAGCUGAAGGCUGCAUGUGGCUGCAGUUUACUCAGUCCAGGCGGCACUGGCAUUGUCAUACCUGGCGGUUUUUUGUUGUGGUUUUUUUUUUGACAUCACAGCACCACUCUCAAGUUUUCAGUUAGAGGACAGAGACGUAAGCGUCGGUGCAGCGUGGCCAGUGCAGCGUUGAGCAGAGGCAGAUGUGUCGAAAUGAAAAGCGAUGAUGGAGUGAAAAGAGUGAAUAGCAUCUUUUUUUUAAAUCUCCUGCUUUUGAAGACGUCGGGGUGUUGCAGAACAUGCAGACCGCGUUAGAACAGGAGUGUAGAUUUCAAAUAGUUUACGUGAUCAUUCUGAUGUCGCCGUAGAAAGCUGGCAGUAGACUUACAAUAGAGUUAGAGCGUGGCUUGAUGCAGUUUUUGCUUUUUUCCUGCAGAUUGUGGAUAUCGUGAGCUUCUCAGUUCCAGUGUCGAGUGAAUUUGCAUAGACAAACGUGGAGUUAUGUUAUGAAUAAGAUUACAGGCGUUUAUUUUUGCCUUAUUUUUAGCGCAAAGUGCAUGCUGCUGCCGUUUUACGUAUAAAAUUGCUCCUUAAUUCGAUUGAGCUUUAUGAAGGUUCCUCGUUUGUGGUUGAAGUUGUUAGUGAAUUAGCCAUCCGUGAUGGUGGACAUUGCCUGCAUGUCUUUGGAACCAGGCUAUUUACAUGUAAAAGUGAGUGUUGCGUAUUUGUUCCUGUUAGGGGUUGGUGGUUCUGAUUGGUGGUUUGGUACAUCUGUGGAAGAUACAGUGAAGUUACCAAGGAGUCAGGGCAGCUUGCCGGUCAAGCCUGAGGCAGAAAACUUAAACACGUUUUUGUCUCUGACAAACAUACAUAGCUGGAGUUUUUUUACCCAGGAUAUGCUCACUAGCUCACAUCUCAACACAUAGUACUGUGCCCCACCACAGAUUGAGGUUAACACAGAUUCCACGACAUGAAGGAAUUGUUCGUUCCUUGUUUUCUGUCCAUACAGUAUACAGUGCAUAUGUGUUUCUGCUGCUCUAAGAUAGAAUACUGAUGUGAAUCUAAUCUAUAUGUCGGUGCAAAUAUACAUGAGGUAAAUGUGUGUGAAGGGUGAGAGGCUGAAAACAAGAAACCGUGAUACGUUGUUGGCUGUUAGGUGACAGGUCAUUGUUGACUUUAUUUAUUGCAGGUUGAUGUUCAAUGCAGCCUUUAAUCUUUAAACUUUAGCGUUUUAUUGUGCUCUCACUUGUUUCCAGUAAGGCACCACAAAUCGAUCACAAAAUCUACAGUGUAUCGAGAUGUUCCUGUGAUUUUUCUACGUGUCCACCAGAGAUCGCUGUUCUACUUACUUAGCAUGCAUGCUGAGGUUUUAAGGUUCACGCUGGCCUGUUUGAAAACCAGUCUCGACCUGUAUUGAAACCUCUCUGUGCAUGGGAGGCUUCAAUUCAUAUUCACUAUGGAGUUUCACACCGGUUUCACUCUGUGAGCCACGUGUGAAAGCAUUUAUUUGUAUUUGUUUGGAUGAAAAUACGUAAUCAUAGAAUAGUUAUUAUGUUAUAUCUGGCGCUGCGUCUGUUCAACGGAAGCAUCCGCCUAUAUUCAUAGCAAUUUAUAAAUAUGUAUCUUUCAUAUCAUAAUGUUGAAAUAAUCUAUAUAUCAAUGUUAAUAUACACAAAAUGUUAUAAUAAACAUAGUAUUACUGAAUACCUUAUUAAUUCUAUAUCUAUAUACCGACUUUUUGUUUGUCAAGAUGGUUUGGACAGGCCAGGACAACCCCUUUGUGCAGUAAGGACUUAGGAUUCCUUCUAGAGUGCAAUAUAUGAUUAUGUCUUAGUCAGAUUUUGGUGACAUCUUGGCUUUAAGGGUUUACAGAGGUCAUACUCAACUUAUUUGUUGACAUUUGUUUACAUGACUCAUUAUGGCGCUGAAGAACCGCAACCAUUUUGAACUUUCCAAGGAAAAAUGGUGCUUUCCUUGUCAUUAAGCAUAUGCUACUCGAUACCACAAACAUGGGAAUCUCUAGUCAGUGGCUCUUCGUGGAGCUAACUGGCUAAACCGAGGUGAUGAUUUUUAGGAGAGACCAUUUUAACGUUGAGGAAUUCUUGCUACAAACAGUGAGUGGGUUUCUAUCCUUAACUUAAAAACCUUUCAGUGAAGACUGAGCAUGUAAUAGGUAGGAUUACAUGAACUUUUUAAACCUUGAGUGUUCUUGUAAUGUGCCAAAAUCAAAUAUUACCUCCGUAUACAAACAGUGUUGUACUGCAAGUUGUAUUUUCUGUUCUAUGCUAAAAUAUGGUGCCAAAUAUACAGCAUUUAUACUUAAGUUUGUGUGUAAAUGUGUGGGGGCGAGUGUGGGCGUGCAUGUGUGCCACUUUAACAUGAUGCAUGGGUCACUGCUUUGGUAAGCACCGGAGGAGAGAAUUAAUACUGUCCCAUGACACUGUCCUCAAAUUACAGACCCUCCUGAGGUUUCUGAAUGUAAGCUUUAAUUCUUCUUUUUUUUUCUAAAAACACAACAGCAGUUCUGUAAUGUGAUGCAGUUGACUUGAAUCAACUUUAUUUGUGCACUUUGUAUUGGUCCUUUGUCCGA